UAUAUUUUAAGAGUAUUGUUUUUGUCAUUGUUUCUUUUCUUUUGUUGUUUUUACUAUUAAUCCUGAAAUGAAAAGUCGUCGCAACAGUAAGCUACAGUAUUCCUCAACGGUUGGUUAAACAUUUGCAGUGAGUGCGUCCAUGCGGAGCUCAGUCAGGGAGGAUGCUGGUGUUGAGAGAGACCAACCAGUUGCUCUCCAGCUGUCACAGUAAAAGUGGAGCCUCCCCUACGCACCGACGGAUGAACAUCCUCGACCUGUUGCCUCGGCUGGAAGUAAAGUGAGAGCUGCAUUGAAGACGGGUGCGAGAAAAGAGAGAAGUUGGUUUCUUCUGUUUAGGAGGGAGGUCGAAGACGAUACCAUGAGGUGUAUCAAUGUGUUCUUUAUUAAUCUACGUUUUGAAUAGCAGAGGGAAGAGGAACGGAGCUGGAUUUGGGGGGGUCCACCUCCUCGGUGUGGAGGUGCGGUUUGCCGUGAUAUCUGUCUCUGUCUCUGGGGUCUGAGGAGGAGGAGGACCAUGGUCGAACUGGAGAAGGAGGUGCUCCCGCUGCCCCCUCGGUACCGGUUCCGAGACCUGUUGCUCGGGGACUGGCAGACCGACGACAGGGUGCAGGUAGAGUUCUAUGUGAAUGAGAACACUUUCAAGGAGCGCCUAAAGCUGUUCUUCAUCAAAAACCAAAGAUCCAGUCUGCGAGUGCGAAUGUUUAACUUUGCUCUGAAAGUGCUGAGCUGCCUCCUCUAUAUUGUCAGAGUCCUACUGGACAACCCGCAAGAGGAAAGACAGGACUGCGUGAGCGGAGUGAACUGCACGAAACAAAAUACAUCAUCCCGCCCCUGGAGUGAGUUUGACUGGAAACUGAUCAUCUGGGUGGAUAGACCUCUGCCGCUGUGGGCACUGCAGGUGCUUGUGGCUUUCAUCAGCUUUUCAGAAACUAUGUUGCUCGUGUAUCUGAGCUACAAGGGCAACGUUUGGGAGCAAGUAUUACGUGUCCCUUUCAUUCUGGAGAUGAUCAGCGCCGUUCCCUUCAUGAUCACUGUGAUUUUGCCCUCCUUCAGAAAUCUCUUCAUCCCUGUAUUUCUCAACUGCUGGCUGGCCAAACACGCUUUGGAGAACAUGAUAAAUGAUCUCCACAGGGCAAUCCAGCGGACGCACUCAGCCAUGUUUAACCAGGUGGUGAUACUCAUCAGCACGCUGGUCUGUCUCAUGUUUACAUGCAUCUGCGGUAUCCAACACCUCGAAAGAGCGGGCAACAACUUGACCCUGUUUGACUCGCUCUACUUCUGCGUGGUCACCUUCUCCACAGUGGGCUUCGGAGAUGUCACCCCCCAGAUCUGGCCCUCGCAGCUCCUGGUGGUCAUCAUGAUCUUUGUGGCGCUCAUCGUGCUCCCCAUCCAGUUCGAGCAGCUGGCCUUUCUGUGGAUGGAGCGGCAAAAGUCCGGGGGGAACUACAGCCGCUACAGGGCGCAGACGGAGAAGCACGUGGUGCUGUGCGUCAGCUGUCUCAAGAUCGACCUCCUCAUGGACUUCCUCAAUGAGUUCUUCGCUCACCCCCGCCUACAGGACUAUUAUGUGGUGAUCCUGUGCCCAGCAGAGAUGGAUGUCCAGGUCAGGAGGGUCCUUCAUGUACCCCUGUGGGCCCAGAGAGUCAUUUACCUGCAGGGGUCUGCCCUCAAAGACCAAGACCUGAUGAGGGCCAAGAUGGACGAUGCUGAGGCCUGCUUUAUCCUCAGUAACCGGUUUGAAGUGGACCGCAUUGCUGCUGAUCAUCAGACCAUCCUCCGAGCCUGGGCAGUGAAAGACUUCGCUCCAAAUUGCCCCCUCUACGUGCAGAUUCUCAAGCCAGAGAACAAGUUCCACGUAAAAUUUGCAGAUCAUGUUGUGUGUGAAGAGGAGUUUAAAUAUGCCAUGCUGGCUUUAAACUGCGUGUGCCCUGGUACCUCGACACUCAUCACUCUAUUGAUCCACUCCUCCAGAGGACAAACGGCACCCCAAGAAGCCUUCAAGCAACGUGUAGGAGCCUUUCAAGCCCUCAACAGGGAGGGCGGUGCGUGCUCGGCGGACCAGUGGCACCGAACCUACCGCCGCUGCUCAGCCAAUGAGGUGCAUCACAUUCGCCUGGAGGAAAGUAAAUUCUUUGGGGAAUACCAGGGCAAGAGUUUCACCUUUGCCUCCUUUCAUGCUCACAAAAAGUAUGGAGUGUGUUUGAUUGGAGUACGCAGACUGGACAACACCAACAUCCUGCUGAACCCCGGUCCCUGCCACAUCAUGGGGGGCUCGGACAUAUGCUUUUACAUCAACAUCUCCAAAGAGGAGAACUCAGCAUUCGUCAGGGGCCGGAGGGAGCCAUCAUGGGGUGGCACGGGAGGAAACGCCAGGGGAGUACACCAAACCAUCUACCAUGGACUCACCCGUCUGCCAGUCCACAGUAUCAUCGCCAGCAUGGGCACAGUGGCCAUCGACCUGCAGGACUCCAGCGACAGCAGCCCGGAAGGCCAGGACCCGGGGAGCGCGGGGCUGGGCAGCGGAAGAGGGAGCAGGAGCAGCUCCAGGACGGAGGUGGGGGGCGCUAACACCUUGGCCCUGCCUGCCAUGGGAGACUCAGCCGAGGAGCGACGGCACAGCAUCGCCCCCGUCCUGGAGCUGGUAGAUGGAGUCAACAACCCCACCUUUGACCUGCUGGGAGACCAAUCAGAGGACGAGGCAGGAGAGGAGGGCAAGGAGGACUGCGACAGGGAUGAGAGUGCCCACUGGUGGGGCCGACAGUGCGAGUGGGUGAAGGGGUACCCGCUGAACUCUCCGUACAUCGGCAGCUCUCCUGCACUGUGCCACCUCCUUCAAGAGAAGAUGCCUUUCUGCUGCCUGCGUAUGGACAAGGCUUGUCACCACAUCCCUUUUGAGGAUGCCCGCUCCUACGGCUUCAAAAACAAAUUGAUCAUCGUGUCUGCGGAGAGCGCAGGGAACGGUCUCUACAACUUCAUUGUGCCUCUGCGGGCCUACUACCGACCCAGGAAGGAGCUCAACCCCAUCGUGCUGCUGCUGGAGAGCGUACCUGAAGCAGACUUCCUGGAGGCAAUCUGUUGGUUCCCCAUGGUGUUCUACACAGUGGGCUCCAUCGACAAUCUGGACAGUUUGCUUCGAUGUGGGGUGACUUUUGCCGACACCAUGGUGGUGGUUGACAAAGAGAGCUCCAUGAUUGCAGAGGAGGACUACAUGGCUGAUGCAAAGACUAUCGUCAAUGUCCAGACCCUCUUCAGACUAUUCCCAGCUCUUAGUAUCAUCACGGAGCUCACGCACCCAGCCAACAUGCGCUUCAUGCAGUUCAAAGUCAAAGACCAUUACUCUCUGGCUCUGUCCAAACUGGAAAAGAAGGAAAGGGAGAAAGGGUCCAACCUGGUGUUUAUGUUCCGCCUGCCCUUCGCUGCAGGGAAGGUGUUCAGUGUCAGCAUGCUGGACACUCUGCUCUACCAGUCAUUUGUGAAGGACUACAUGAUCUCCAUCACCAGGCUGCUGCUGGGUUUAGACUCCAUGCCCGGCUCAGGUUUCCUCUGUGCAAUGAAAAUCACAGAGGAUGACUUGUGGAUCCGCACCUACGGCAGGCUCUACCAGAAACUGUGCUCCUCCACUGGAGACAUACCCAUCGGCAUCUACCGGACAGAGGCCCACAAGCUUCCGGUCUCUGAGUCCCAGGUAUCCAUCACAGUGGAGGACUACGAGGACACCAGAGAACCCAGAGAGCCCCUGUUGUCCCGGACCAGCGCACACCGUAACUCCACCUCCUCUGAGCCCAUCUCCACCUCCUCCCACUCCUCCGACCACCCGCUGCUCAGGAGGAAGAGCAUGCAGUGGGCACGGCGGCUGAGCAGGAAGGGAGGUCGGGGCUCCAGCGGGGCCAAGGGGGGUCCGGGGAGUGCGGCAGAGAGGAUCAGCCAGCAGAGACUGACCCUGUUCAGGCGCUCGGAGAGGCAGGAACUCAACGCCUUAGUGCGAACUAGGAUGAAACAUUUGGGCCUUUCUCCAACUGGAUUCAAUGGGAUGACAGACCAAGGGAACAGACUGUCGUACAUCCUUAUCAACCCUUCUCCAGAUACCAGACUGGAGCUUCACGAUGUCGUAUACCUGAUUAGACCAGAUCCCCUCUCUCUGGUACCCAAUCAGGGGAGCAACAGGAAGUGCAAUGCCGGGCUCUCAGAGAGCCACAGGUUCGAUACGCAGGACAGCACCCAUCUGUGAGAGACUUAAAAAAAAGGAAAAAGAAAAAAAAAAAAAGACAAAUAUACUGUCAUACUGUCAAACCACUGCCAGAGAGAGGAGACACAACAACACACUCUUGAGGGAGAAGCAGAAAUGAAGAACUGGUUCUACGGGGUGGAAUUCAGCCCGACGGCACAUUGCCUUCAUAUUUUCCUCCACAUUCAGUCUAGUUGAACUCAGAGGUGCCGGACAUGCAUGGACCUUUUCUAUAACGAUUGGGAAUGUUUUAUUUAUGCACCUUCCUAUUUUCAAAGCGGAGAGCUGCGGACACAGAAGUGCAUUUAAUGAAAAACUGUAUGUAUUUAUAUCUGUGUAUGUGCAUGUUAUGUACUGCAUCAUGUAUGUGCGGCGUGUAUGUAUGCGUGUACUGUAUGUAUCUGCAGGUGCGUGAACGAAUGUGUACAUGUGCUUAUGGAUCAAGAGCAAGACACUGCCAAUUUUAUGCGGACAGCCAAAGGAAUCUGCUGCCAAAUGAAAGUCAAGGGAUGUAUUCUUUGUGUCCUUCUCUUUGUGGUAGGCAUGUGUCGUCACACUUAAUGUUGUUUGACGUAUCUGGAAGUGACGCUACAGUGCAGACAUCCUGUGAAGUUUUCUCUCUUUCUUUUUUUUCUUUUUCUUUUUUUAUUUGGUCUUCAUAAAGCCCUUUUGAAACUGUGUACCUGUCGCUUACACCCUCAAACACACACAUUAAUUUUACGCUCACCAGCAGUGGAGGAACCCAAAGAGCACCGGUCUCAACAAGGGACAAAAUCAGACAGCGAGCACACAUGGUCAGUGCAGGGCAUUUUUUCUUAAAGUCCCGCUUUCUCUGCUUCUGCCAGUCGGUGUGAGCCGCCCAGCCACCAGCUUGCUUUUGCUGACAUGCAUGUUAGAGAUGCAGGGGAUGGACAAAAUAAUAUACCGUGACAUAAUAACCCUGCAACAAAUACAGUACAACCUUUGUAAAGCUUAUAAUUGAACCUUUUUGAGAGUCAGAAAGGUGUUGAUCCAACUGUCAACCUGUUAUAAGCUUUACAAGUAAAUAUUCGCCGUAUUUAUUGCACACAGCUAUAAAUAUCCACUUUAACAAGUAAUUAGUUUGUUAUUUUAGUAUAGACAUAUAUAUUAUAAUUUGGGACUCAAUCAGAAAAAAAUCUUGUUUCUCUAAAAACAAGUGAAAAAUGUGCCAGUAGAGUGAAAUCAUUCUGCUUGUUUAUCUUAUGUCAUAAAUUUUCAAUUGUUUAAAGAAACAUGAGAUUUCAAUAUGCUACAGUAUUAUUGAUAUUACAGUGAAUCACUUGUUAGGGUGGACAUUUAUGCCAUUUGUUUACCAAGGAUUUGCAGGCCUCUGUAAAUCUUUUGUCAGAAGUUCUGAACGGGCCGUUUCGCACAGAAACGGUGCAGCCAUGUGGUGGGAGCGCUAACCGGCGCCCCCUGCCAAACACCACUGCUGUAGCUUCAGUGCCAUUAAAACAGAUGGAAAUAUGUACAUAUUAAAGUCAGUCAUUAUA